AGGCCAGUAAACGCGCUACAAUGCACAUCCCUUAUACAUUAUAACGCUUUAUGGUCAUCUUUCAUACACGACCACAAUGUUCCUUAAUUAUCAUGAAAUUCUAACACUGUAUUGACGACAGCAUCGCAUUGAAACAGACAAUAGAAGAAACAACUCUACAGAUAUACCUAUACCGCACGGCCAAUGUGGUUUUAAGCACAAGCCGUGAAACGGAGUGGCAUUCGCCAACGCUUUUUUAUAAGUCUUUCUCAGAUCAAGCUGUUAUAAAGCGGGAGCGUUGUAAUUUUUAGAUCACUCGGCUGAGAAGACCCAAGAUGUACCGGGUAUCACAGAGCGCAUGCCUUUUGCUGUACUUGGCACAGCUUGUAAUACUAGCUCAGUGUAUUGACCUUUCCGGGGAGUUUAGCUCACACACCUCAUCAUCUAAUCGAGGCAAAAGGGAAACCGACGAUGAUUUUGAAGACGAUGUUGCGAAACGAUCUCGAGAAUUGGUUGGUAAACGGUCAGACGGCGAAGGCCUUACUGGAAAAUCAACGUUAGACAAACGGCUUAUGCCUUACGAUGAACUUGAAAAACGUUUGAGACAUUUUAUUGGAAAACGGACUGACGAUGAACAACCGUUCGAGAAAAAGUCGAGGAGUCGGGGACGAUACUUUGUUGGCAAACGAGAAGACGAUGACGAAGAUGAAGAAAAACGUGCGAGAUAUUUCUUAGGCAAGCGUGACGCCGAUGAGAUUAACGAGGAAAAAAGAUAUCGUUAUUUCCUUGGAAAACGAGACGAUUUAAUGAAGAGGAGAUACUAUUUCCUUGGUAAAAGACCGGCCAUGUUGGAUGACGACUUUGAAAAAAGGCGACGAUUUUUCUUGGGAAAAAGAAGGCGAUUCUUUCUUGGCAAAAGGGAUUCAACUUACAACAACAACGAUUUGGGGCCCCAGUUAGGUGGCUUUGGAGAGAGUAACAAUUUAGAGGAUACAUCUCAAAACGGACUUAGAGAUUUCAUACAAAAACGCAUGAGAUACUUUCUCGGAAAGCGCUCCGAUGAAUUAGAUGGACAGAAUUUGGAAACGGACAAACGCUUCGCAAGGCAUUUUCUUGGAAGGUAAGGCCAAGUGUUGGAUUUUGUGUUCAACUGAACUCUGCCUUAGUGGGCCCUCGUUAUCUUUGGAAAUAUCCGAAAGUGAGUUUAUGUAACUUAUAUAACGGACGUUAAGAAUCAUUGUUGAGCAUGGAAGCUGUACAGACUUAUGAUGUCGGCUUGGGAAAUAUGACAGACUUACGAGAUGUCGGCGUUAUGUGAUAUACUUCUAAAGUUGUACAUGUCCAAUCGUGCUUUGAUGUAAUAACAUUGAACUAUUACCAACAGACGAGAGAAUAUAGACACGAACAGAUUAUGUGCUAUGUUGUGUGAUCAUGUUUCCCUGUCACGAUUCCGUACAGCAAACCCGCCCCCAUCCCGGGGGCGGGGCUGGAAGUAGUCCGGGUCGGAGGAGGGACACAAGUAAUUCUCAGGUUUGGCCCCCACUUUCUUCUGUUUGCUGACAACAAAAUAUUGAUUAACAAUAGAGAUAUUUUGAAAAAAAUACAAUUUGCAUAUAUAUAGUAUGUACACAUUACU